GUUGUACGGAAAAAACACACACCUCCACUGGGAGCCGCCAUUUUUAAAUGAGCGCCGCCAUUUUGGGAUAAUUCGUCAGCGGAAACCACACUCUUGCGGACGGAAAGGUGGCCUCAUCCGUAAAAAAAUGCCAGGAGGGCGCCAUCUUGUACGGAUCGUUUCAGAGUUCUAAGAAAAAACCGUAGGAAAGAGUAGAAAACGCCCGAAGGCUCCGUACACCCAGUCGGAUAUAGCUGCACAUUCCCAUAGGCCCCGCUCCAGGGCCUUGGGAUCGUGCGCUGAUCAAUGUUCCUAGUUGCCUAAGGAAGAGCUUUUCAUUAGUGAGAGCAGCCAUUUUGGUACGGGGACCCGGAUGUGAGUACCGGCAAACGAAGCGCGGCGCCAUUUUGUGAUUUAAACCGGAAGCUAUAUCCCCACUCACCGUAUUGGGUUAGGGAACACGCUCUGCGCCGGCUUUUCAUGUGAAAGAUGCAUUUCCCUUUCAGAACUAACACCUCUGUCUCUAACACAACCCAUAGACUCAGGAAAGGCGGCGUGUUUGUUUGUUUGUUUAUUUCUGAUGUGUCCUGACUGCCAUUUUUCUUAAGGGCGGAUAGGGGCUCUUUGGCCAUCUUUGAAAUGGGCAAGGCUUUGCCGUCGCCAUCUUGGCCUUUGGUUGCUAAGGAAGCCGUCGCCCUUGGAAACGGCAUAAACAGGAAGAGGAGUCGCAGCGCGGAGGCCUUUGCUGGCAACCUCGGACUCCUGGGUUCCUGGAGGUUGUGUGGAUUAAGUUCCAACCCCAACCCCUUUGAAGGAACUUGGUCUUUAAGCACGUGUAUAACACAGAUCUAUUAAAUUAUAGAUUUAUAAAGUGCACAUUUAAUGCGUGUUUCUGCCUGUGAUACAACUGAAAUAAAAGGCGCAGGAGCACAGCCAGUGAAAAAGAUGGCAGCCUUAAAUUUAGCCACGGGGGGUGGGGUCGGGGUGUUAAUGUAACAGGGUGAACCCCUCCCCUGCUGCUCUUGUCCCAAUUCUCUUACAGCGUCAUCCUGUGUAUACUUGCUAGGUCCUCAGUUCCACGCUCUUUAUUGAACGGGGCUUGCUCCCAGGGAAGUGUACAAAGGAUUGCGCUCUUGCAGUGUAAUCCUGUUCGUGUCCCAUUGAAUUCGAUUAAGCUUAUUCCCAGGUAGGUGUGCAUAGGGUUGCAGCCUGAUUCAAAGCCAUUAUAUGAUUUGCAAAUGUGGAAUAAUGUGUGGCUCAUUUUAUCCAGAAAACGACUUGCAAGUAGCCAGGAUGCAGGGUGUGUGUUGUGUAGCAAUUGUCAAGAGUCGCACAGGACUUUUUCUGUCUGAAGAAGAGUUCGGUGUGGCUUGGAAAGUUGCCAUCGCGUGUGAUUUAUACAGUCUGGGAAAAGAUAACAUUUGAAGUUUGGGAUUCCCACUUGCCAUUCACUUGUCAAGUUGUGAAAAUAACAACUCCCCUGCUCCACCUCCCAACUACUACUAUCAGAAGCAAAGGUUAAGUCUGUGGAUCAUAGAACUGCAUAGUUGGAAGGGACCCUUGCGGGUCAUCUAGUCCAACCCCCUGCAAUGCAAGAAUGGUGGCAAGAUUUUCAUCUUGAACCAAUCUGACAGGCUUGGUUGCCUUCAGGAUGAUAACCUUUUCAUUUUGAACCAUUUGCCCCGGUAGGUCUAGCAAGCUGCCGAUUCCCACAGGUCUCUUUGUCUCUGAAGAGGUGCUCUGUGUGACUUGAGAGGCUUGACGUCUCACAGGAUGCAUGAGGGGGCUGCUGCGGGAAACUGAUAGCGCCGUUUGCGAGGGUGCACACGCACGAGACAUUCCUGCAGGAAGCCAAUUCUUGGACGGCUCAGCCAUGGGGUGCCCCAGAGGCACUGCCAGUCCUCUUAUCUCCCAUAGCACUCCUCCUGCCCCCACCUGGCACCAGACGGACCUUGGACUCGGUCAAUGGCUCACCCUCCUUUACCCCCCUCACCCCGCCCCCGGCAACCCUGGUUAGUUCCUCAUGUUAAAAGUGCUGUUCUGGCAGCUUCUGUCUCUUUAUUCUUAAGCUGGUGUGGGGAUAAGACGACAGAGCAGGAGGAGGAACUGCGCUGUGGACUGUGAGUAUCUGUCAGUUUCUCUUUCCCAUCAUCCCCAUCUAUAUAUCCCUUUCUGUCCCCUAAUAAUAGUGUGUGGGAGGUGGGUGGGAAUCCAGCCCCAGAACUGCUCUCUCAAAGCUGAAACCCACCCACCCAUUCUCCACCUCCCAGACACCUCUCCCUGGGCAGAAGAGGAAAUCUACAGUGACUAGCUCCCAGCCUCUUAAGAUUACCCAACCAUUACCUGUUCGGGCUGUUCAGAUUUAAGAGAUAGUGCCUAGGUAACCUCAGUGCCCCAAACUCGCUUGCUGGACUCGCCUUCCAGAAAUGAGAAUCAAGGUUCUAGUGCUCAUUCUUUGCAGUUCUCCAGGCAAAUAAAGAGGUAAGAACCAGGCCCUGGGUUCGAGUAUCUGGGAGGCAGAGGGACAUCUGCCUGCUUCUAGCACUUGUUUGUCUCCUGGGAUAGCAUGCUCCCCCCCCCCCCCCGCGGGAAAGUAGAGGCACUCUUGUCCAGUUUCUUACCUGCCUGUGCAUGCCAGCUUACACCCCCAACCUCUUUUCUCCCAAUGCCCUGUCGCAACUUGCGCCUCCUGGAAGAGAACGCCAUCUUUUUGCGUGUUGUACCUCCUAGAGCUACUGCUUUAUAUUAGCAAAAUGUGCCAUUAGUACAGCAGAAACGGGAGAGUGUUCUUCAGGUUGUUAACGAGUUUGAGAACCUCUGCCUUUAAAGUGCCAGGUGCACAAGUACAAGAUGCACCAGAGCUCAAAUGCCUCAGUUCCCAAAACAUCUGAAAGAUUGCUUACAUCCUGACCCUCUUAGAUGCUAAGAUUGGGAGAAGGGGUCCUCUUGGUAGUUCCUCCCCCCGCUGAGGCUGGGGUGUAGGUGGAGUGGCAGGCCAGGAGAGGACAUGAUCUCUGGUGAACCCCUAAGGCGUGGGUCUUCCUCCCCACAGACGGGUUUCUGGCACCUUCAUUAUACAGCUCCUGGAGAAUGCUGAAGGCUGAAGACACCCCUCCGUACCCUGGCUUUUGACAAUAGAGGCGUAUAUUUUUACCUAUAUGAUUGUAAAUUGUCUCAAAUGGUUUUUAACGUUACGUUUCAAUGAUGCAACCUGCCCUGGGAGACCUUAUGGUUGCAGGGCAGGUGAUUAAUAAUAAUAAUUAUAACAGAACCGUUCCUCUUCUUGCCAAGCUAUGGCCAAGACCACUCGCUAUGAGGCGACUCCUCAGGAUGAGCUGCCGGCCAACUCAGUACCCAACGGGACCUCCUCCCGCCAGCCCCUUGAGGACUCCUCUGGCACGUCUCCCGAUGACUCCAUGAAGCUGAAGAAGGAAAUCUCCCUGCUCAACGGGGUCUGCUUGAUCGUGGGCAACAUGAUCGGCUCGGGCAUCUUCGUCUCGCCCAAGGGCGUGCUGAUGUACAGUGACUCGUACGGCCUCUCCCUUGUGGUCUGGGCUGUGGGAGGGCUGUUCUCUGUCUUUGGGGCCCUGUGCUAUGCAGAACUGGGCACCACCAUCAAAAAAUCGGGCGCCAGCUACGCCUACAUCUUGGAGGCCUUUGGGCAGCUGCCGGCCUUCAUCCGCCUGUGGACUUCUCUCCUCAUCAUUGAGCCCACCAGCCAGGCCGUCAUUGCCAUCACGUUCGCCAACUACCUGGUGCAACCCGUGUUCCCGUCCUGCGAGGCGCCUUACCUGGCAGGCCGACUCUUGGCUGCCGUCUGCAUCUGUGAGUGAGACUUCCAGCGGGAACAGUGGGGACAGUAUUUGGGGGAGCCCAGCGGGGCUGUGUGAAGUUUGUUGGGAGGGGGGCAUGAGUUGCUGUUUGAAAAGAAAAGUAAAAAAGCCCUGGCAGUGCCUGAGCUGAUUCAGCCUCAGGUGGGCUGAAAGGUAGCCCUUUCCCCCCCCCCUUAUCUAAUCUCCCAUUGUUCCUUUAUCUUUCUCUGCUGCGACCUUUCCUUCCCAGUUCUGGGAAACUCUUUCCUUCCUUGGCAAUGGUUUUGAAUCUCCGGCAUAAGGGAAGCUUCAGACUUUGUGCUUUGCCAAAGCUCCACCUUGAGCUUCUGGAACUGGGCGUGGGAUGGACCCAGGAAUUCUGACACCCACAACAUGCCUUUAGCUAUGGGAGUACCACUCCCCUCUCCGCUUUGGAAGGGGCAGCAGGGCAGGGAAGCAGAAUUGGGGGGGGGGGAAGGGGUUACUGGGUAUAACCAAUAGAUAUGGCUGUUAUCUCAGAUAAGGCCCAGCUUCUAGCUCCCCUUGCCCACAAUACAUCUCACUCCUCUAGUUAGACAUAAAAGAGAAAAGUAUAAUUACCGCCUUGCCAGGGCUCCACAGCCUUUAUCAGCUGCAUUUAUCAGCUGCCUGUUUGUUAGAAGUUAACCUUGCACCUCCAGGAUAGAGAGAUAGAAUCAUAGAAGUGUAGAGUUGGAAGGGACCCUUAAGCCCACCUAGCCCCAUUCUCCCCCGCUGGAGCUCUAGGGUGGUCUCCAGGGAGAACGAACGGGGCCCUGAGUCUCUGCUUCCCUCUCUUGUGGGAGAUGAGUUGGUUAAAAGCUAAACUGUUUGCAUCUGGGCAAGUCCAUGCCUGCUUGAGGCUGUUUGGGGCUGGGUUUUGCCACCUGUUGCCUUGGACUGAGCAAGACGGGUGUAUUUGAUCGGUGGGGAGGGACAGACACUCUGCACGUGCUCAGAGUGACACUGCUUUCACAUCAAGCCUUUCGGACUCAUGGUCCGGUGAUCCAUCAGUGGUGUCUAAACCUGGCACGAGCCUCUCCUCCGGGGCCUCUCGGCUCUCCGUUCCUCCUAACCCUGCGGGUAAUUCUGGGUCUCUCUCAGGAAAUGAGUGACUUCAGCUGGGAGACGGGCAGUGUGCUGAGUCGGCAGCUGUUGUCCAGAUCCAGCUGGCGAGAAAUGCAUUGUCAGGCUCCCCGAAACCGCUCCCGUUGCAACACACAGGAAUGUGACGGCUGAGGGAGGCACGAGGUCAGGCAUGAAUGCCGGCGGUGAUGGGAAGCUAGCUGAGAGCACCCCACAAGCCCAGUGAGUCUUCAAGCAAAGGGUGCCGGGAGAAGGUUAGAGCAGAGGAUUAUGUGCCCCUCCCCGCUGCUGCCCAGGUGCUCAGUUCUUCGCAAAUGCUAACUUCGUAGCAAAAGGUCUGUAAGUUAGGCCAGUGUAGUAAUCCCCAUUUCACAGACGAAGAAGCUGAAAGAUUCAUUAACCACAAACCCCUAAAUUUGGGAUCCCCCCAAAACCUCUUGCAGGGCAAGUGAAUGGAACAAUGUUGGAGUUUAUGGGGGAUACCCCUGGUUUGAGUAUCAAUUACUUAGUUUGAGGGGGGCACUACAAACCAUGGCUUGUCCAGAAUGUUAUCCUUAAGGCCAGGCUCCUGAUGCUGAGACUCAAGCCUGUUUUGAAGAGGAAAGCUGCCUCUCUUUGAUGAGGAAAGUGCCCUCUGUUCAUGCUCUGUGGCACCCUUGCUGCAGGAAGUAGCAGCCAGCACUCCUCCAAAUGUAUUUCUAGGCGGAAGUGGGGCGAACCAUUAGACUUCCUUUUCUUAAUGGGUUGGAAGAAUAUUAGGAAGAGUAGUUCUGUCCCCUUCUGCCCCAGAUGUGUGGAGCCCAAGGGGCUUGUUCACACACAAUGCUUCCAUUUUAGGCUGGGUCACAUCUAGCCUCAGAUGAGAUUAUUUGGAAACUAGGCUGGGACAGAAAGGGUGGAUUUGAGAUGGCCUUGGUCCCACCCCCUCCCCUGAACUGGGGAAACUGGGCUGCUUCAUGCUUGGGGAAUUGCUGGAGCCAUGUGCAAGUGAGUGCAGCUCACGGUAUGCGUGGUUUUCUCUGUUCAGAGCAUGUCACCCGCCUGAUAAGAGAGAGGAAUUUAUGGCCUUGUUUAUAAAGAAGCAGAGCCGUUGUUUGCAAGGUGUCCCCAGUUCCCCCCACUCCUGCCAAUAGGAAAGCUCCAUCCACACCCUGGAGCCAAGGGGAAAAGGUACAAAGUGUGUGGGGGGAACCUUCUCUGAGCCCCCCUGCCCCACGUCUCACAUCACCCUCCUGCCGGGUUUGGGCGUCUGGUAGAAAGCUGAGUCCCACACAGCUCCUUGAGUCACAACAACUUGUUCCUGGAAUAAAGAUAAAGAUAAAGGUGAUCAGAGUGCCAGGAGCCGGAAAGGGAUAAACAACCAACUUCUCCACCUCCUCUCGAGGAAGUCCCAUCUCCCUCCCUCUUAAUUCAAACUCUGGAUGACCGUUUGUGCAUUAGCCACAAUCCUUGUUAUGUUUGCCCAUGUUGUUUGGUUUUGUGAAUGUUACCUUUUUUUUAUGAGGGGCUAGGAUGCUGAUGGGGCCCCCCCAAGCUUCUCAGCCUGCAGAACCACCAGCCCUGCUUUGCAUCCUCCUCAAGGAUUCAUGGUGGGUGCAUGUCUGUGUCUAGAAGCCAGAAGGGAAGGUGGAAAAGGUUCGUCCCCGCAGCCGAAACACCUGCCUUCAGACAUAAAAAGACCAGGAGCUGCCUUAUACUAAAUCAGGCUGCUGGGAUCUGCCUGACUCAUUGCGAACACUGACGGCCAGUGACUUUGCGAGGUUUCGGGCUGUUGUAAACAAAAUCUACCCUUUUCCCCUUAUGGGGUAUCCAAGAGCCCAUAUAGAGUCCUUACGUAGGUUCCCUAUUGGUAGGAGAAAAUAACAGAGGCCAAUCAGAGAAUAUUGAGAAGCAAAGCAGCUAGUAAGCCUGAUCUUUAUUGAUCUAUUACAACAGGGUGCUCCCCUCACCUGCAGGAGAGGAGGAGGAACCCAGAAAAAUGGUGCGCAAGGCCUUAUAUAGAUAUUUUGAAAUUGCCACCCUGUAGAUCAAGACCACCCCCAGAAACUUCAUACAUACAUCACAGAAGGGGUGUAGCACAAAACCACCCCCCAGAUACAUCAUACCUACAUCACAGAAAAGGCAAAUUUGAAUGUUGUUUUUCUCCUGUCGUUGUUUAUCUCCUGUCUGGCAGGUUACUUGAUUGGAUACCCUGCUUACUAGAUUGGAUUGUCUGGGGAGCCUGGCCAGUCUUUUGUAAUGAUAAAUACUUAGUUCCUGGGCCAUGUCACAGGCUCACACCCUAUUCAAACACAGACAUACCCUUAAGACAGGAUUUGCGAAGGAAAAGACAAUGGGGAGUUUUUUCCAUUUUCCUUUGACCUUGCAGAGAAAACAUUAGGUCAGUUUGGGACAGUUUGGGAAUCAAAAAUGGUUUUAGGUCGGUCUUCCUGUGCUGAGCUAUGUACCGGUAGGUGCUUGGUUGGUACACUUAUGAACAUUACCAUAUAUCUAAGACCUCCUAUCACAGGGCAAAGGCGCAUUCUCUCGGUUCUGCCUGGAAAUGCCAUCAGGGAUGGAAUCUGGGACCUCGGCAGACCCCACUCCUUCUCAGGACUAGGAAUAGGUGAUAGACUCUGUGCCCUGUGUCCCACCCCCAGCCCCUUUCCAUCUUUUGCUCCAACUCUUGGGCGCCAUGUAUCUAUCAGAUCUCACACAUGCAGGAAACGAGGGGAAUGAAGGUCGCCUUUUAGCUGGGGUAAUGCAUUCCUUUUGGGCCAAGGCUGUCCCAUCUAGCAUCCUUGCUAGACUCGUUUGCUGACAAGCCAUUUCCCAACGCUUACUUUCGCUCUCUUUUUCGCUCGGUCUUGCAUCACAACCCAGGAAGGAAGUAGGACUGGCAGGCCAGGGCUAUGAUGAUUGGAUUGAGCUCAGCAGCUGCAUUCAUUUUCCAUGGGAAUAAACAGAAGCCAAGCAAGUAGCAGGGUCCAGGGAAACACCUCCCCACCCUUUAAAAUCGCAGAGAGUCAGGAUUCAGAUUUUGUCUCCCAGUGAUAUCUCAUGAAUACACACUCUUUUUCACAUCUAGGAGAAGGGGUGCAUGUGAGAGCAUCAUCCCAUGACAAUGGGAAAUGGAGAUCGGAGGGUCAUAGUGGCGUGGGGUGUGUGUGUCUGUCCUCCUUUGUGCCUGGUCCUAGACUAGAGAUGGCUAACCUUUGGACCCAGGGCUGCAUUGCCUCCUUGCAAUUCCUCCAGGAGCACACAUGCCAGCCGCGCCCUUGUGCAUCACAAGACAGACAACACACACCCUUGCAGAGAGGCUUCUGUUAAUAGCAACUCACGCCCAAGAGACCCACAAAAGUGGGGCAGUUAAGGGAGCAGGGAGUCCCCUCCUUCACCAGGUCACUCCAAGGGUGCAGCCACCCCUUUUGCCUGAGGACGCCUUGGAAGGUUUGGUCCAACGCCACUAGACUUUUGUAUUUUAUUUGCUUCUCGUUUGGAGCAACCGAGGACCUCAGUCCCUCCAGGCGAAGUGUGACCCUCCAGGCCUCUCUGUCCAGUUCUCAGAACUCUUCCCAAACCACAUCCCUCAGCAGCCCUGCUCUCUCUUAUCCUUGAGGGCUUUUGCCUGGCUGGAUCUUGGCCUUGAGCUGCGAUGUUUGCCUGGGUAGAGAGAGGUGUGUGUGAAAAACUCUGAUUCAUACUUUAGAAGAGUUGCAUCUGUUGCUCCACCCACUUUUGCCACUGGCCCACCCGCGACUGGGAGGUGGCCCCCAGGAGGUUCUCUACAGGGAAAUGUGGCCUUUGGGCUGCCCCCCCCCAAUGUUUUCCCACCUCUGCGCUGAGAAAAUAAAAUGGAGUCCAGCAGAAAAAUUACUGGGCAGCUGCGUCGAUUUCUCUCUCUCUCUCUCUUUCUCCUUUCUUUCUUUCUCUUUUUCCCUUUUAGGAAUCAGCCGCUUAGGCAUGCAUUUAUAUUUCCGUAUUGGAUAUACGUUUGAAAUUGGAGAAGGGAAGGAUUCAGUGGGACUUUGCUGUGUAUGUGGAUGGUCUAGGGUGGAGGAGGCUGGUGUAGUCCAAGGGCCCCUUGCCAUGGGAUGACUUCUGGCUUCUUUUCUCUUCCAGGCCUCCUCACUUUUGUCAACUGCGCCUAUGUGAAAUGGGGCACACGGGUGCAGGAUCUGUCCACCUACGCCAAGGUGCUGGCUCUCAUUGCCGUGAUCAUCGCCGGCGUGGUCCGCAUUGGGCAAGGUACUCCCAUCUCUACCCCUGGUUUCCCCCCUCUUGCCCUCCCUCCGAAUUAAGGUUUAGAACGGACAGACGUGGACUUUUGAUGCACAUAGGCAUAGAAGCAUUGGAGCCUUCUUGACCUUUACUGUCUUUCGACCUCACAGCCUUUCGGUGUAGGCCUCUGUGCCCGUUCCGCAGUGGGAAAGCUGAGAGUUAGUGGUCCACUCCAGGCAACUCACUGAACCCACGUCUGAGGCGAGACUUGAACCCAAAACCCAAACCCAGACAGACUCACAGCCCACUUUCCCUCAUCUUGUGGCUUUGUGGGUUUCCGUUUGCACCUGAACAAUUUUCACUUGACAGCUGUACACGUCUAGCGAUGGCUUGCGUGAGGGAACAGUGUGUCAGCACCACAGAUGGGACUUUUGCACCUCUUCCAAUUUUCCUCAGGCGGGAUGUUUUCUCAUCGCAACUAGAAGUUGACCGAUUGACCCGGAUGUGGUUAUCUUUCCAUGUAGGACAUUCACAGAACUUUGCAGACCCUUUCGAAGGAUCCUCCUGGCACACGGGGGACAUCGCACUUGCCCUGUACUCUGCCCUCUUCUCCUACUCCGGAUGGGACACCCUCAAUUUUGUCACCGAGGAAAUCAAGAACCCCGAAAGGUCAGUAUUUGCAGAGAAAAGCGUGGCUUUCAUCCUCAGCUAGCGAGACCGAUGUGUUUUGGCAUUUUGUGUGGAAUGAGGCUGCAGGGACCUAUUGGACAGCGCCUGUGACAUCCCUAGGGACAAGCAACAUUGUUCCCUCCUUAAAAUAUGUGCUCUGCUUCCAAAGGAAUUGAAACUGACUAGCCUUAAGUACCACCCUCCCUCCCUCCCUGCUUUCUGCUGCAGAGAAAUGUUGGGCUUUCUGCUGCAGAGAAAUGGAUAAGGGGCUUCUCCAUACUUUGCCUGGAGAGUUGUUUUUAAAACAGCUGAGCAAGAGCGCUCCCUCUUGCAUACUUGAAAGCACAUCAUACAGUCUCAAGAAAUGAGAAAAGAAAAUAUGGGUGUGUGUGUGAUGGAGUUGUGGUGGCCGAACCCCGGUGUUCCCUUCCAUUCUAUAAGUAGCUGAAUUUCCUUUCCUCAUUUUAAUGGGCUUUGUUUGGGAUGGGCUCUUGUGGAGGAGUUCUGCCAUCUAGUGGCCACAGCUGGGCAAUACAUCACAGUCUGGGGACUGCUGAGAGAGAUUCAGCUUGCUUCCUGGGUCCUGCCGUGGGCUUGGCGGUGAAGGGAGACGCUGUGUGAAGCCUAGCAUAAAAUGUAUUGGGUUUUGCAGAGCAAGCUGUAAUCUAAAAAUCCACUUUCAGCUAAAGAAUUGUUUAAAGGGAUCUCUGCAGAAAUGUUGAUUUGAUUGAAUCAAAUAAUAGCUUGGCUUAAGAGGGAGGAGGUGGCAGUCUUGCAAUUUUCAUCACAGCAAAGCGAGUCUGCAGAGUCAAGCACUGUAUUUUCUGCUUAGCUGGAGCAUUUUUUCAUUUAACACCCUGCUCCACCGCCUGGUAAUAAUUUUCUCAAUAUUCUUUAGUACAGGAGGCAAAUGAAAAUAAAGGAAGCCAAGGGUGACACAGAGUUUCUUAGGCUACUUAGGGAGCAGGGGAUUCUGGGAGCUGAGCCUUGGGGAGUAGGGGAUUCUGGGAACUGGGUCUUGGGGAGCAGGGGAUUCUGGGAACUGGGCUUUGCAAAGCAGCUUUCUAGGGCCUCUGGGUGGUAAUGUGUAUUCUGCUAGCCCUGGGCAUGACUGGGUUGCAGGAGUAGUGCAAAGGGAAGUACGAAGUGGGCGGUGGAAGGGAGUUAACACUGUUUUUCCUCACUGCCAUUCCUCAGGAACCUUCCCCUUUCCAUAGGCAUCUCAAUGCCCAUCGUCACAGUGAUCUACAUCAUGACCAAUGUGGCGUAUUACACAGUGCUGAGCAAGACGGAGAUAUUAACAAGCGACGCUGUGGCUGUGGUGAGUAGAUCCCGUUCCCUCUUCCUCCCACCCCCAAACGACAAGUCACUUUGGAAUCCAGUUGGCUGGUCCACGGAGGGCCAUUAGCGUUGAUCAUUUACUCAAAAGAACAACUUCAAAGGGACAUUAGUACAGUGUGAAGUAACAGAGGGGCAAUUCAUGAACAAUUUUGUUGCAAUGAUUCGCAAUGAGUUGCAUUCUUCCCGCCUCAGCCUCUUGGAGUACAGGCGCAAGUAGUCUCUUGUUGAGUUGGGAAUGAAGUUUAUACUAGAAACCCCCCACAAGGCAUUCACCAGCUCAUUUUCUUCUCAUAUUCUCUUCCUUCCAGACCUUUGCCGAUCAAGUGUUUGGAGUUAUGAACUGGACGAUCCCUCUCGCUGUCGCCCUGUCCUGCUUUGGGGGCCUGAACGCUUCCAUUUUAGCUGCUUCCAGGUAACCUGCAUGCAUCUCCUGUUAUAAAGAUGUGUGUCUGAACCCACAUACUUGCCCGGCACUUGUGUGCAUUCCUACACACACUUCUGAUAGGUCUUCCUCUAGAGUUCGCAUGUGUGUUUGCUACGAAUAUGUGUUUGCCCACGAGAGGUUCUCGUGCAAGAACAGUAAAGAAAGGUUGGUUUAUUACAGGGGUCAGCAAACUUUUUCAGCAGGGAGCCAGUCCACUGUGGCUCAGACCUUGUGGGGGGCUAUAUUUUGAAAAAAAAUUUAAUAAUGAAUGAAUUCCCAUGCCCCACAAAACCCAGAGAUGCAUUUUAAAUAAAAGCGCACAUUCUACUCAUGUAAAAACACCAGGCAGGCCCCACAAAUAACCCAGAGAUGCAUUUUAAAUAAGAGGACACAUUCCGCUCAUGUAAAAACACGCUGAUUCCCGGACCGUCCGCAGGACGGAUUUAGAUGGCGAUUGGGCCGGAUUCGGCCCCCGGGCCUUAGUUUGCCUACCCAUGGUUUAUUACAUGAAACAAGAGACAGAGCGUGUAAAUGUUGCUUCAGGCAGCAGAGUUACAAUAUAAGUGGGCAGCAACUUGUAGAGUAAAAGAAUCCCUAACUAUUCCCCAAAGCCUAAAGAACAUGAGCGUGACAAUUUUGCCACAGAACCUACAAUACAAAACAAAACAAGAAAGGUGAGGGAAAAUGUAUUCCUGUCCUAUCGUGACUCCUAGUGUCAGGCUGGUCCUUGACCAUGUAGAGUCAAAAGGGGCCGAUGUUGGUGCUUUUAAUAUCUCACUAACCAUUGAAAAUCUUAGGGUGUAAGUGCUGUUUUGAGCCAAUGCAUUCUCAACAUUGAGGGGACAGGGUCUUUGGGAUGAGUGAUUUGUUAGAUUACCUACAUUCCUAUUCUGUUGUCUCUUCCUACAGUUUCCUGCCUAUUUCCCUAUUUUGUUUACUCUGCAUAAUUGGGAUUUGAAAGAACAUAAUCCUAGUUAGAAAUUACAAAACUGGUUAUCUUGUUUGUUUCCUGAGUUCCGAGUUUAUCUUACUAUUGUCUACGCGGACCCCAUUCUUUUUACAGGAGGUGUAAAUUAAAUUUUGCUGGUAACACCAGAUUACUGUGAUAGUCUUUACCUAAAGUAUUAAGAAGGUCAGGAAGCCUUACAUGACAUGUGCAUGAUAAGGAGUUGUACCGGGGUCAAGAAAGUUCAUAACGGAGAUCUCCUUCUAUUUCACAUUAUGCCAACUUUUACUUGUGCCCAUGAUCUUCAGAAAUAAACCAUGGAAAACGUUCAGAUUAGCCCACGCCAAUCCACUCCCAGCCCUGGGAGUCAUUCAAAAUGUAAUUUUGGAGCUCUUCCAUGAAUGGAUUAACACCUACUCAUUUUCACCAGAGGAACCGUGAACCACAUUUGGGAGGGGGGAAAGGUCAGCAUACCAGAGAGGCCGUUUAGAAAUUAGGUAACUUUCCACUUUUGUGCCAAGAUUCUGUUUUGCACGGAAGUCUUCCCCCAUGUGGUAAAGCUUCUUACAUGUGAGAAAAAAAUAAAUGCCUGGAUUGACCCUCAGAAACUCACCUGGGAUCCCAGGAAACGAGGGGUAAGGCUGUCAGUGUGGAUACUAGCCAUAUGACGGCUGUGUUCUCUGCCCAAUGUUGGUGGCAAAAUGGAUCUGAAUCUGCCCUAAUUUUACUUCACCGGAGGCAUUGUGCCACCUUGCGGGUUUGGCAGACCUCUCUGAGUGCCAAAUAUAUAUCUGUUUCUCAGAGAAAACCCCACCAGCAAAGUUAAGCAGAGGAAGAGGGAUUGCAGGAGUCUGGGCUGUGGAAGUGCUUUGGGAAAGGCCGGUUCCCUUGUCUGAAUGGAGCGUCCGUUCUCUUGUUCUUUUGAAUUGGCACAGUGGAUUCUGGGAACUGUGCCAGUCCCCCCCUUGGGGGGGGGCAGCCUGACCCCUUGCCCUGCCCCUCUGUGGGUCUUGGUCACCAGCUAGGACAAUUCUGCUCUGCCUCAGCCAGCAGCUUCCUUACGCUCCCUCGCUCUUGCCAGGUUGUUUUUCGUUGGUUCCCGUGAGGGGCACUUGCCUGAUGCCAUCUGCAUGAUCCACGUCGAGCGGUUCACGCCUGUGCCAGCACUGCUUUUUAACGUAAGUCCUGGGUAGCCGGGGAGAACACCCUCGUCUGCAUGGCAGGGGAGGAAGGGAAGCCAGUCUUUCAACAAAACAAAAAGCAAAAGCCAAAAAGGACUCUUUGUAGCUCCUGGCAGCCUUGUGCAGCAGAGACGACAGACCUCCCCAGGUUCACUGGCUAAAGACUGCCGCCCUGAUCUCUUAAUCGGCUUAGAUGGGAUGGGGAAAACUGAAUUUGUUACUGAUCAAAUAUUUUGGAAUGCAAGCUCAUUUAUUGGACUGCUGCAUUUCAAUUAAAAACCCUCUGUGAAUGAACACACAGACACACAGAGAGAGACACACACCGUAUGCCUAUUUAUUCAGAAUCCCAUCCCACAGUAUCUGCAGCAGGGGUAGGGAAGGAACAUUUUUCAUCCUGAGGGCCGCAUUGCCUUCUGGGCAACCUUUUGAGGGCCGAACACUGAAAACCCUGAAUGCUUCUGUUUUCGAACACGCCUCGGAAGUCAAAAGGCUUCCGAGGUGCAUUUUUCAUUUUUUUCUAUUGACUUUGCAGCCAGCCCUUUGAUCCUUGGUUUUUGAACGUUUUGAAAGUCAGACUGACAUCCGGAAUGGAUUACGUUCAAAAACCGAGGUUCCACUGUAAUAACUCUCUUCCAAGGCGAUGUGCAAGAUACAAUAAAAAUGGUUAAAAGAACCGAAAGGAACACCAGGCAAAUGUAAAACAAUAUAAACCAGACGUCCCAUGGCAGUGAUCUAUUCUAACUGCUGGGAAAGCUUAAGUGAAGAAAUUUCCCGAAACUGCAGGCUGUGGGCACCUGUCUUAUCUCGACAGGAAUGCUCUUCCACGGAAUAGGGGCAGCCGCACCAAAAGCCCUGCUCUGAGUUCCUGCGGAACGGCCUUUCUACACAGACCACAGCAGCCUAGAUAUCGCUCCAUCUGUGAGGCGAACAGGGCUGGGUCUUGGAUGCGAGGCUGUCCUAGAAACCACCAAGACAGCUGCCCUCAGCUCCAGGAAGGAAGACGGGGGAUCAAGCGCCAUGAGUCAGCACCCAGAAUAGCACAAACCUGCACUCCUGGGAGAUCUUGUGGGGAGAAUGUGGGUGGCCCUUUUUGGAAGGGCCGAGUUCACGGAGUCACAGUCUUCAGGGAGAGAUGCGGCUAUGUGUCACAGACGGUGGACGCUGUGUUGUUCAUUGCAUUUAUGUGCCUCACCUUUUCCUCCAAGGAGCUCAACAUGGUUCUUCCCCUCCUCGUUCAAUCCCCACAACAGCCCUGAGAGGUAGGCUAGGCUGAGAGAGGCAGGGACCAGCCCAAGGUGACCCAAGGAGCUUCAUGUUCUUCGAGUGAGGAUUUGAAGCCUGGUCUCCCACGUCCUGGUCUGAUGCUCUAACCAGGCAUGUCCAAAGUCUAUUCCGGGGGCUUAAUCCGGCCCACCAGUUGGUUAAAUCCAGCCCCUGUGGCAGUUUAUUUCUUGGGGUAAAAUCCUAAAAAAAACCUCAACAACUUCAAUCCUAAGAAAAGGCCAACAACUUUGGUCGGCCCCCAUGGCUCUUCACUUCAUCAAAUUUGGCCCUCUUUGAAAAAAGUUUGGACACCACACACCGACUUCUUAGCAGAGCUGAUCCCACUUACCAUCUAUUCCCCCCCCUAAUCGUCACAGGGAGCCAUGGCCCUGGUCUACCUCUGCGUAGAGGACAUCUUCAAGCUCAUCAAUUACUACAGCUUUAGCUACUGGUUCUUUGUGGGCCUGUCGAUUGCGGGGCAGCUCUACCUGCGCUGGAAGGAGCCGUCGAGGGAACGUCCCCUCAAGGUAGGGCAGGGAAAACCCUCAAAACUCGUCUUUAAAAAGAAAAAAAGGAUCCCUUAGUCGGCUGUUUUGCGCUUAAAUUCACAAGGAACGAUGCAUGCUGGUCCUCGAAUGCUCAUUUAGGCGUUCUGCAGUGCUGAUCACACACCCUUUCCUGUGAACGGUGCAAAGCGUUCUGCUGCAUUAGACCAAAGUCCACCUCGUCCAGUAUCCUUUGCAAUGGUCCCAGUCAGCAGGAAGCGGUCCGCAAGAAAUCAGCCAGCAGUUCUUUGGGCUGCCUUCCUAAAACUGAGCUGCCUCACAGAGCAUAUGCGUUCUGCCCGUGCCCCCGCAUCCUUUGCAACGCGUCAUGGCUGUGGGCAGGUAGUCGCCGUGGCCGAGAUUCCUGCCAGGAGGGGAUGGGCCAGAAUGGCCUUAAUAGGCAGAGUAGUGAGCUCCGUGCUGGAAAUCAAUGGCCCCAGACUCCAGGAAAAAGACUGAGAAAAGUUGAUGAAAAGUCAUUUCUCUCACUCUGUAUAAUAGUAGUAAUAAUUUUAUUAUUUGUACCCUGCCCAUCUGACUGGGUUGCCCCAGCCACUUGAAAGCGUGCGUGGCAACGACCAUUAGCUUGAGAUGGCUCCAGAAAGGGGAUUGUUGCAUUCCCAGUGUGGUUGCUGGGCUGGUAGCUAAGCAGAGCUUCCAUGUUCAGGUGCAGUAUACCCCCAGGACUAGUCGGCUGGAGGUGAAGUAAGUUCAUGGCCGCCCCCUUCAUGCCUUCCUUAUGAUCUCACCCAGCUGGCUGCUUAUUGGAAAGAGACUGCUGUACCCGUUGAACUCAGCUUGUUCCCUCUCAGUUCUUUGGAGGAGAGCCUGAGGUGAAGGCGGGGAGGUAGUUUGAGAUGCCAAGUGCCUGCUUGAUGCCCCUUUUUCUUUCCCCACCAGCUCAGCAUCGUCUUCCCCAUCAUCUUCUGCCUCUGCACUGUCUUCCUGGUAGCCGUCCCCCUCUACAGCGACCCCAUAAACUCCGCCAUUGGCAUUGCCAUAGCAGCUUCCGGACUGCCCGUCUACUACCUGGUGGUGAGGGUGCCUGAGCAGAAGAGGCCGCACUUCUUGCGCCGGGCCGUGGGUGAGUCAGAGGGGGAAACACCCUCCUCCAUUUCACCGAUGGCUUCUUAGCUCUCCCUGCCCCACUGCUAGAACAACUACGCUUAAACUGCAGAACAGAAAUUAGCGUUGGGUCCCGGUAUCGGAGGGAGCUUUGUACAGUGGUACCUCAGGAUGCGAACGGGAUCUGUUCCGGAGCCCCGUUCGCAUCCUGAAGCGAACGCAACCCGCAACUGCAUGUCUGCACAUGUGUGGGUCACGAUUCGCCGCUUCUGCGCAUGACGACAUUUUGACCGACUGCACAUGCGUGAGUGGCAGAACCUGAAAGUAAUGCACUCCAUUACUUCUGGGUCGCCGCGGAGCGCAACCCCAAAGCACUCAACCUGAAGUGUAUUCAACUCGAGGUAUGAUUGUACUUUCCCCCACAAUGUCAAUUAAAGCAAACAAAUGUGCUCCGUCUCUCCAACAGCCCUUUCAAGUGUUUGAAGAGAGCUACCGCGUCGUCUCUUAAAUCAGCUGUCUUCUCUAGGCUAAACAUACCCAAACCCGCCAAAGUCCCUAUGAGGAAAUGUCGAAGGGAGUCUGGUGCAUUUAGUUCUGGAGAUGAGUAAGAGGGGACACGACAGUCAUCUUAAACUGGGCUGGUUCUCCCUGAAAUAUUUACAGUGGUACCUUGGUUGUCGAACUUAAUCCGUUCUGGGAGUCCGUUUGAUUCCUGGAAUGGUUCGAAAACAAAGACUCGGCUUCCGAUUGGCCGCAGGGGCUUCCAAAAAACGUUUGCAAACCGGAACACUCACUUCUGGGUUUAUGGCUUUUGGAAGCCAAAACAUCCAAGUACCAAGGCAUUUGACAACCAAGGUACGACUGUAUUAAAAAUGCAGGAUUCACGUUGCAUAAUUAGACUGUAAUGCAUAGGCGGAGUUGGAAGGGGAUUUUAUUAUUAUUAUUAUUCCAACAAUAGCCCUCAAAACCACCUGCUGCUUGAGGCUUGGACUGCAGGGGUUGCCAACCUUUCUAGGGCCCAUUUGCAAACUGGAGAAACUGUUGCAUCACUCACAGACGUAGAGCCUGCAGGAUCAGGCCAACGGCCCCUAUAGUCCAGCAUCCCUGUUCUCAGGAUGGGGCCAACCAGAUGCCCAAAUGAGAAGCCUGCAAGCAGGAUCUGAGCGCAAGAGCCCCUUUUCCCCCUCCUGUGUUUUCCAGCAACUGGUAUUUUGAAGCAUUUAUGCCUCAGAUCGUGGAGAAAGCAUAGCCACCCCACAAAUGCUCCCUGGCUCUCUCUGGCCUUGACCUGACGUGUCCCUUUCCUCCCUCCGCAGCCUCCAUGACGCGGCUCAUCCAGCUCGUAUCCUUGUGUGUCCUGACAGAGAUGGAUCCCGACACAGAAGCGAAGGAUCAGUGAUGCCCAGGGGCAGUGGGGAGGCCGGCUUCUCCCCCUCGCCUGCUCCUUCUGUAACAGACUCUUUGGUGACCUCUAAUUUAUUGUUUGCUACUUGGCCAGACCCAUUCGCGAGGAAGCCUUUGGGGACUUUGCCGGGACGGCUGUUGCAGGAACUGAGAGACUCGCUCGCCUAUUUUUGUUCUUGUCUGUGAAACGCGGGAGUGUCUCUGUGUCCUUUCGCCCUCAGCAGCUAAGUCCCAAUAAACCCUCAGAGUGCCACAGGUUUGCCUGUGGACGUUUAUUCUUAUCUUCA